AUGCAGUUCUCCAUCCUCAAGCUCGCCGUUGCUGCCCUGGCAGUCUGCAGCGAUUCUGUCCUUGGCCAGACGACUCCGGCCCAGGUUGUCCAGAACAUCAACAUGGUCACCCAAAAGUCCAACGCUCUCAUUGCGCCCGCGCAAAAGAUUGAUAUCGUCAGCGGACCACUCAUUAUUGUCGGCCAGGGGCCCUUCCCGCAAAUCAUCGCGGGCUUCGUGGACAUUGUCACUACCGUCAGCACGGCUCUCACCCAAAUGCAGGGUAUGCCCGCCGUACCGGCCGGUGCCCAGUCCGACGCCAUCUUUGAGGCGUUCCGCGACUUCGUGCGCGUCCACCAGGCGCUUCUCAACGUCCUCAUCGGCAAGGCCGGUCUCUUCUCGACCGUGCCCCUUAUCGGUCAGCCUGUCGCUGCCGUCCUCAGACAGGUCGAAAAUGUCGUCGAUGUGAGUUUGGCUCCCCACAUUUUCCUCAUGAAAAGUGUCUGGCUGACGUUGAUGGGGGCUUUCAAGUCCGUCGCCUUUGCUCUCAUCGACGCUGUGCAGAGCAGGGCCACCGACCUCCAGGCGCAGGCCAGCAUGCUCAGUGGAACCAUCACUACCACGAUUGACCGCUACCAAGGCCUCUCACUCAACUAG